GAGAGAGGGAGAGAGAGAGAAGGAUGCAGAGAGAAAGACGAGAGCAAGCUAGUGCAGGCGGCUGUAUCAGGAGGAGCACAGAACCUUACCGCAGACGAUCUUCGGCGAUACUGAGGGGGAGAGAAAGAGCGUGACGUUGUCGGAGUGACAACAAAGACCCAGCGUGGGGACACACAGAAGGCUUUUAUUAUCCGAGUGGAGACGGUGAAGCCCCCUUUUAUUCUGGGACGGCCUGAAUAAAAAUCUCCCCUCCCUCCCCCCCGCCCCACAGCCUGUGAUCCUCACUCCUGAACCUAGGAGACACCCUCUACCUCAGGACCCAGGUCUGUGAAAAGAAACGGAGCCUUCGUGGUCGCCUUGGACUCAGAGCUCUUCAACUCCUUCUCCUCCCGGUGUCUAAUUAAGGCUGUUCCAUAGGCCGGCAGGGCCCCUCCGCCGCGGCCUGGGGUUCUGAACCGAGCAUGGGGCGCCUGGCCUGUCUGCUGUGCCUGGGCUCUUUGGCUCUGAGCUGCGCUGCUGGUGGGGAGGUGUGUGUAUCAGGCCAUGACAGUGGUCCUGUGUUUGAGGAGCAGCCAUCCAACGUGCUCAUUCCUGAAGGUUUGACAGAAGAGCCGGCCAUCUUUACCUGCCAGGCCCGAGCCAGCCCUGCUGCUGCAUACAGGUGGAAGGUGAAUGGGACAGAGGUGCCACUGGGGGGGGACUCGCGCUACACCCUGGUGGCGGGAAACCUGCUGAUCAGCAGCCCCCAGCGGGAGCAGGACGCCGGCUCCUACCAGUGCCUCGCCACCAACCGCUGCGGCACCGUGCUCAGCCGGCCCGCCAACCUCAAGUUCGGCUAUGUCCACCCCUUCCCGCCUGAUCCGAGGAGCUCCCAGACAGUUUAUGAGGGAGCAGGAAUCAUGCUUACCUGCCAGCCUCCCGCCCACUACCCAGUCCUGUCAUACCGCUGGUUCAUUAACGAGUUCCCCACCUUCAUCCAGCCGGAUGGGGUCCGCCGUUUCAUCUCCCAGGUGACAGGAAACCUGUACGUCGCCAUGGCCGAGCAGGAGGACAGCGGCGACUACUACUGCUUCACCACCAACCACAUGGAGAUCCACACCAAGAGCGUGUUCAGCAGGGCCAACCCCCUCACAGUGCUUCCUGAUGCAAACCCCAGGAAGUCCGCCCCUAAAAUCAAGGUGCGCUCCCCCUCGGAAACCUACGCCCUGACGGGACAGACCGCAAGGCUGGAGUGCUUUGCAUAUGGCAACCCUGUCCCAAACCUACGCUGGAGGAAAGUGGAUGGGUCGCUGCCUGCAAAAGUGACCCCCAGCAUGGAUAAGCCCACACUGAUCCUCCCAGACCUGAGCUUCGAGGACGAGGGGACCUAUGAGUGCGAGGCCCAGAACUCCGAGGGGCGGGACAUCUACCAGGGCCGAAUCAUAGUGCAGGCCCGGCCCACCUGGCUGCAGGUGAUGCGUGACUCGGAGGUGGAGAUCAGCUCGGAGCUCCGAUGGAGCUGCACUGCUGCAGGGAAACCCAAGCCCUCCAUACACUGGCUGCGCAACGGCCAGCCCCUGCGAUCACAGGACCGAAUAGAAGUCAACGGCGGGGAGCUGAGCAUCAGCCACCUGGCCCUGGAGGAUUCUGGGAUGUAUCAGUGCGUGGCGGAGAACAAGCACGGAACCAUCUACUCCAACGCACAGCUGCGGGUCCAAGUCCACGCUCCAGAUUUCCGCCUGAGCCCAGUAAGAAGGCUCAUUCCCGCUGCGCGGGGCGGGCAGGUGGUGAUUGAGUGCCGGCCUCGCGCUGCCCCCAAACCCACCCUGUUCUGGAGCCGUGGGACAGAGCUGCUGACCAACAGCAGCAGAGUUACAGUCACUCCAGAUGGAACCCUCUGGAUCACCAACAUCAGCCGGACAGAUGAGGGGAAGUACACCUGCUUUGCAGAGAACUACCUGGGCAAGGCCAACAGCACAGGAACCCUCUCUGUCCGAGAUGCCACCAAGAUCACCCUGGCACCAUCCAACGCCGACAUCAACCAGGGCGAGAACGUCACCCUGCAGUGCCACGCGUCACAUGACCCCAGCAUGGACCUGACCUUCACCUGGUCUCUGAGCGGAGUCCCGCUGGACCCAGAGGAAUCCAGCGGACACUACCGCCGCCUGGAGAGUAAAGAGACCAUCGGUGACCUUCUGAUCCUGAACGGUCAGCUAAGGCAUGCUGGGAUAUACGCCUGCACUGCCCAGACGGUGGUGGACAGCGCCUCCGCCUCCGCCAAGCUGGUGGUCCGAGGUCCUCCAGGCCCACCAGGGGGCGUAGUUGUUAAAGAGGUGAACGAGACGGCAGUGGAGCUGGGAUGGAGCCGGGGCUAUGACAAUCACAGCCCCAUUGGGAAGUACAUUAUCAUGGGCAGAUCCCCACUGGCACAGGGCUGGAAGCUGAUGAGGACUGACCCGCCCACCAUCGAGGGGAAUGCAGAAUCAGCACGUGUGAUUGGCCUGCUGCCCUGGAUGGACUACGAGUUCCAGGUCAUCGCCAGCAACAUCCUGGGCAGCGGGGAGCCCAGCAUGCCGUCCUCGAUGGUCCGCACGCGACAGGCAGCUCCAACUGUGGCCCCCAGUGGACUGGGAGGAGGAGGCGGUGACCGAAAUGAACUCAUAAUCACCUGGACGCCCAUGUCUCGAGAGUACCAGAACGGAGACGGGUUUGGCUACAUCCUGCAGUUCCGCAAGCGAAACGCCCCCUCCUGGCUGGUGCAGGGGGUGCCCCACGCCGAGUCCUCGCGCUUCGUCUACAACAACCAGAGCUUGUCCCCCUACUGCCCCUUCGAGGUCAGAAUCAAGGCCUACAACAGCAAGGGCGAGGGCCCCUGGAGCCAGCUGGCUGUGGUGCACUCCGCGGAGGAAGAGCCCACUGUCUCCCCUCAGAAGAUCAAUGCCACCGCCUUGACGGCAUUCGAGAUGUUGGUGUCCUGGGACCCAGUAGAGCACCUGGCAGCCAAUGGAGUCGUGCGGGGCUAUGAGAUCCGCUACUGGCGCCCACAGGAAAAGGAGGCCGCAGCAAACCGAGUACGGACGGCGGGGUUGGAGGCCACAGCUCGCGUUUCGGGGCUGAGGCCCAGUACCAUGUACUACGUCACUGUCCUUGCUUACAACAGUGCGGGCACUGGUCCCCCCUCCCCCCGAAGUUCUGUCAUCACCAAGAAGCCCCCCCCAAACCGCCCCCCAGGAAACGUCUCCUGGAGGACUGAUGGAUCAUGGGUAACAGUGAUAUGGGAUCACGUCAAGGCCUUUAAGAACGAGUCAGCCGUGCUGGGAUACAAGAUCCUGUACAAACACGAAGGUCACUCUGCCCUCAAAGUGCUGGAGAAAAGUAAGACCUCCAUCAGCCUGCCCCUCCCCAAGGAGAGCACCUACGUGCUGCUGGAGAUCUGUGCCUGGGGGGACGGGGGUGAUGGACCCCCCCAUGAGACUAUAGUGUCUCGAGACUCAGGCACUGGGAUGAUGGUUCAGAAUUCAGCCGGGAUUCUUAGCCCAUGUCACACCAUUCCCCUCAUCCUCUCAGUGUUGCUCCUUCUGAUUCGCUCACAAGAACUGUGACUUCAGCCAAUCCUGUGGGGCCAUUGGAUGCCUUUGACGACUACAAGCCUACUUUGGGGGUGGGGGUGGGGUUGAAAGGCAGAAACUUUUAUUCAUUUUAUAAGAGAAAAAAACAUGGAGAAAGUUUUGAAGAAAAGUGUGUUAGCUUCAAAAUUCAGACUAGAGAACGUGUAACAAGACUACCUGAUUGUAAUUUUAUAAAUAAUCUUAAUAAGAACAUGCCUUAUGGGAACAACAAUGUGAAUAUCAUAUUUAGCUUUUUUAUAGGAGGCUAAUUAUUCCUCAGAGUGGCCAGUAUUUCCCCGAUUGCUCUCACUCUCUCUUUAAGGCCACUAACAGCCACAGACUGGAGGCCAUUCUCCAUUUCAAGGCCGGUAGAGCAAUAUGGUGUGGGCAUACAGAAGCACAAACCUACAGUAUUUAUUGUGGCACUUCAGCAGACCUUUUUCAAAUUUGCAGAAACAUUUUUAUUUUUUUAUACCAUAAACCAUCUUUGGUUUGGCAAAGCCAAAGCACACAAAUGUAUAUUUUCAUAUUUUGAGUUUGCUUAUGUGCUUCCUUCAGUUAUUAUUGUUGCUCCUGUUUUUAUUCAAGCCAUAAAAUCAUUAUUCCGUUCAUUUGGGCUUGAAGCCUGAAGUAUCUGGUGUAACCUUGAGGAAAGGCCUGUGAGGAGGUGGAGAAACACAGAGCCUUGGAGUUGAAUCCACUGAGGAACAGGCCAGCAGACAGACAUCACUAUCACAACGCUCAGAAUUUACUAGCCUCGUCAGUCACAAGUCCAGCAGCAACGUCUGAUAGAGAAGUAUUUGUCCUACAUGCAGAAGUCACAGGGUUCAAUAUGAAUGUGAAACUGUUACAACACAGCCAACUGAAAAGCCAGGCUCUUGUAUUUAUUACUGAAGGCUUAUUUAUUUAUCGAUUUAUUUAUUUACUUACUUAAUUACUUACUUACUUGGCAGGGACAAUGUAAUAUUUUGGUGAUGCUCAGAGUAUAUUGUUUCCACAUCUGUUGAUGAGUCACUUUUCAGCUGUAGCCCUUGGGCAGGCUAUGACAUUGUAGUAAUAUCACUACAUGAAGACAUAAAGAGUAAGAAUUAUCCAAUGUUAUCAGCGUGCAAUGGUGUCUCGUUCAAUAAAUAAUGAACCAGAAAAGGUAAUGUCAGAGCUUAUAAAUUCAGUGCUCAUCAGGACAUGAUUUAUCUUAAGACACCAUGUUUUACAGUUGCUCACAGAACGGGGUUAUGCCAUUGCAAUGCCUGAGUGCCUGUAAAGAGAGCACAGAACAGUGACACAUUUGAUUGGCAGUGCAUUUUGGGGUUAAUGCUAUUCGUCUGAGACAGAACUAGAUGACUAACAUAUGAUUAAUCGCAUCUGUGCUCUGUUCCCAAAAAAAUAUUUUGUAUCUCCAAACACAGAGUUUCAUUUUACUGUUGUAUGGCCUUUUUUACAUUGUACACAUUUAAAAUUCCUUUAUAAAUAUGAAUAUAGCUAAACGGUCCACGAGUCCCAACUCUGUAAGUAUGAAGCUCCUCAUGUCUGGUGUGGAAGGCAAUGUUAGCUGAUGAGGCCAGAAGAUAAGAUAUGUCAGACAAAGUCCAAUCGCUCCUUACAGCCUUAGUCUGCCUAUCAGUUAGUGACUGUGAGAAAAACAGCAUAUCACAGUAACAUCGCUUUGUGUCACUCACCAUUGACAGCCACAGCAGGCUAAAACAGAGAGACUUACUAUUUGAUCAAGCAGUAACUUUGUACAUGAAGAUAAAGAUUUUGUACAUUCAAACUCUGGAAAAAGAAGUGUUAUCACGGUUUAUUUUAAAGUUGUAUUUAUACUAAAAAUGUAAUAAUUACAUCUACUAACUCUGCCUUUUCUUUCAAUAAACAAAUCAUAAGCGUGUGGAAACAGGUAGAAAGGUCACUGUGGUUUAAAAAAAAAUACCACAGUAAAUAGUUAACUGUAAAUAUCAAGUACAUGUUAAUGUUAAAAACUGGAAUUAAUUCAGAACAAAUACCACAUGUGCAUUUUAAAGCAAUGUUUUCUAAAUUAUUUCACUCUUUUAAACUUGUAGGUCAUUUCCUAAUUACUGCCCACCCACAAUCGGAUUACUCACCGCUUUCAAAAACAUAGCUUGUGCUUAUUGAAUUGAUUACCUGCUUUUACCAGUAUAAAGAGGCCAUUCAGAUGAAGAGUGACUCUCACUCUCUCUCUGUGUCCUUGAGUUCCCUGCAGACCUUUUAGCUUCAGGGAUGAACUCUACAGGGAGAGUAUGGUAAAGCACAAGACCACCUCACCCAACAGCCAGACAGACUCAUCACUGUAAGACACUGCCAAUCAGCUAUAACCCUCCUGUUUCAUGUUUAUUCAGCCUCAUGUGUGUUAUUUAGAGCUUUUUUAUAGUGCCCUCUGUGGGAAGUGUUGAUACCGGUUCACCUGACCAGCAGCUUGGCUAGUUUUCCAUGUGCAUUGCAGGUCUUUGUCAUCUUUUUGUCAUGUUGUUUGCCAGUUUCUCGUGUGACAUUGACUUGUUAUCCAUAAGCAGGUGAGACUUUGAAUGAAAAUGCCAAAUCAUUUGAAAGCCAUGAAAGGACUAAAUGUAUGUACAGAAACACCAGGUUAUUGCCUUGAUCGGGGUUCGGUUUGGGGAUCGGUGGUUAGUUUCGGAGUGAGUACAUUGUUAUGGUUUAAUUGUGAACACUGCCUUUUCAGCUAAGGGGCGGUCUACCUGAAGCGUCCAGGUGGGGAUAUUUGUAAUGUAAUACCUGACAUUUCGUAUCAUAACAGGGCAACAACAAAACUUUAAAUCUGGAAAGAGAACAGGAAAA